UCGUUAAAAGGACGCAGUUAGGUUUUAAAUACUUGUUGGGAUGGUGCAUUAUAAUAUCAAGUGCAAUUAGGUUUAUGUUGUCGGAUCGAUCGGUCGUUACCGGGUUUCGCGGCGCGUUCUUUUAAACCCUUCCGAAAGUCCGUAAAAACAGCGCGCUGUUUCUAGUCUCCUUCCCCGCGCUUCCAAUCCGCUGGCUACGCAACGGCAUCUGCACAGCCCAAUUCCACAACCUAACCAUAAAGCCAGGCGGUUGUGCAAUCGUGUAUAUAAUCCACCUAAAUAAUGAUCCAAGUCCGAAUUGGGAUGAUGUUUGUGCCAGCUUUAAUUCUCGCCACCUUCCUGCUAAUCCCUGUCCAUGGAACACCACUGGAGUGGGACUUUGCCGUCACACUGAGGACCAAGAUCCAGUUCAUGGACAGUUCCUGGCAGACGAUAGCCACCGCUGCCCACGAGUUCGAUGAGCUGUCCGCCCUCACCUUCGACGAGUCCGAGGAGCUGAUCUACUUUAAUGACCUGAAGCACCAGAACGGUAGCAUAUUCUCGCUGAGAAGGGACCUCCUUGCCUCCUCCCACGUAGUGGAGCAGGCGAUUGCACGCACGGGAAAUGAAUCUGUGGGAGGAUUAGCCUACGAUCCGCUGAAUAUGAACCUCUUCUGGUCGGACACCCAGCAAAGGAAGAUAUUUUUCGCGUCUAUCCACGGUUCUGGACCGCCAAAGGUCCUGGUGGACCUCAGCGCAGAGGGGGGACGACCAGAUGGCGUGGCCGUAGAUGUGUGCCGCCGGAAACUGUAUUGGACCAACUCGAACAUCACGCAUCCCACCGUGGAACGGAUCGAUCUAGAUGGCAACAACAGAACCGUGAUCGUCGAUUCCGCUAUCUUCAUGCCGAGGGGAAUCGUGGUGGACCAGCUGUCCGAUCGGCUCUUCUGGAUCGACGACCUUGAGGGUGUGUUUUUUUCGGUGGAAAGCUCCAUGUUAGACGGCACUGAUCGCCAGGUGGUGCUGAAGGACAAGCACCACGAACCCUUGAACCUGGCUGUGUCAAAUAAUGCCAUUUACUGGACAGACCGGACCACAAGGGCGGUUUGGAGUCACCCAAAAGUUCCAGCUAUUAAGGUCACCACUGCAGAUCCCACGGACUUUGAUACUGACAGUGAACCGGAGCCGGCGGCGGAUUGUCCCCUGGUGCGCGUAGCUAAUCUAAGCGAGGAGGCUCGAGGAAUCGUGGCACGAACGGGUUUCUACCAGAGACUGCAGAAGGACAAUCACUGUGCUAGCAUAGUGCGCAAGGUGAAGAUGCGCUUGAAUGAGCAGAGCAGGAAGCAUGAAACACGCUCCCUGGUGGACCAAAAGAUGAAAAUUCUCGAAGACGAUCGCUGCAUGAACGGAGGCGAUUACAUGGCGUCCAGGGAUCUAUGCAUAUGUCCGACCGGUUUCAAGGGAUCCCGAUGCGAGAUCAGGGAAUGCCACCACUACUGUGUCCAUGGCACCUGCCAGAUGUCCGAGUCGGCGUACCCCGUGUGCUACUGCCAGCCAGGUUUCACAGGCGAGCGCUGCGAGGUCAGCAUGUGCUCAGGACUGUGCCUCAAUGGCGGCCACUGCCGAGUGUCCAAGGACGAGAAGGAACCGCCAACUGUGAGUGUGAGCUGUGAGUGCUCUUCUAAGUUUGGAGGAGCUCGCUGCGAGCAGAAUUCCACGGAGAUCUGCUCCCUCUUCUGCCGUCUGCUGAAGCACGAACCUAAUAUCUAUGUGCCCUUCGGUUGCCAUGACAUAUGCGAGGAACUGGCUGAGAAUAACAGCACCAACAUCGCCAUCCCCCAAUACACGCACUUAGAAGUGUGCAUCACUCCCAAAGUGUGGACCAGUAGCGUGAUCAUCAUUCUUGUCGUCGGUAUCGUGUCUAGCUUGCUACUGGUCGCUGUAAUCGUCCACGGAAUUCGCCGCUUGUACAAACCUAAGAGACCACGCAUCAAGAAGACAUUUGUGUUCCGCAAGCCGGCAAGGACCAACUCUGGCGGAGACACGCCGCUAACCAACCGCCCAAGCGAGCACUGUGAGAUCACGAUAGAGAACUGCUGCAACAUGAACAUCUGCGAAACGCCCUGUUUCGACCCCAAGCUGGUAGAGCAGUCGAUGACCAAGUCCAGUUGCAAGGAGGACAAAAAGAUACUCAUCCACAACAUGGAGGAUGACCUGUACUAGGGCGCGGCGGACAGAAAACGACCAGCCCCCAAACUAAACCUUGUGAUAGUCGUCGUCGUCGAGUGCGGAUUGGUAUUCGAGCUUGAAAAGCUGCUGCCCGCCCGGCCCUCGACCCCGUUAGCGCCAAGGUGCUCACCCAGGCAAUCAGCAACUAGAAACCAAUCACCAGCAAUAUGCAACUAGCAACAUGCAACACCUGGAGCAACAGCCACUUUAAACUGAUGAGCCUGGGCACUUAACACUCGCCAAACCAAACCAUUUACUUAAGCCGAAGCAACAUGUGUACUUAGAUCCUGGGAACGUUCUUCGGUCUCGUUAAUUUAUUCGUAGGAUCAUUUCAUACCAGGAUUAGGAUUUUUAGCUCAAAGCUCCAUUUAAAUUUUUACACAUUUUUUUGGAUUUUAUUUUUUUUUUGGUUUUUAUUUUGAAUUUGUUCAUGUUGAAAUGAUGAAAGCAAGUCGCACGACUGACAUAAGCUUUAAAAAUGGAAUACGCACGGAUAGCAACAGCCUGUAGAUCGUAAGCGGACACAAAGACCAUUGUGAUUGUGAGUCAUUGUUCAUUUCCUGCUACCUUUAGUUGUGAAAAAAGAAACUAAAACAAUAGAUAAUUGCCCCGUCCCACUAAUAUGCAAAAUCUUGCCUCAUCGGGUGAUCCCUUUCCUCUCCUCACCCCAAUCGUGCUCUUAAGAAACGUCAGAGAAAAUUACCCAACAACAGUGGGGAAUAACUCCCAGAAAGAUCGAGAGUUGUACAUAUUAAUGCAUAGUUUAAUUUUAGUCGUAGUCCUUAAGAAAAGGGUUGAAUAAAGAAAAACUACAUGCAGUUGUAAACGUUAA